AAAAGCUGAAGGUCACAGGUGCAGCUUCAUCUUCAUCUUCAACCUUCUCGUUAUCGAUACCGAUCGAUUAUCGAUGAAAGGUUUCACCAGCUACACGAGGACAGCGUCAUGGCGUGAGACGGGAGACCGGAGCGACAGACGGAUCAGCUGCAGCAUCUCCGCCUGUCUGUCUGACUGAUUCUCCUGCAGCCUCUCUCUCCCCGUCUCUCUCUCCUUGUCUCUAUCCACCUGUCUCUCUCUCACCCGUCUCUCUCUCACCUCUCCCCACCAUGGGGAACCGGGGCAUGGAGGAGCUCAUCCCUCUGGUGAACCAGCUCCAGGACGCCUUCUCGUCCAUCGGGCAGAACUCGAGCCUCGACCUGCCGCAGAUCGCGGUGGUGGGCGGGCAGAGCGCCGGGAAGAGCUCGGUGCUGGAGAACUUCGUGGGCAAAGACUUCCUCCCUCGUGGUUCAGGUAUCGUGACUCGUCGCCCUCUGGUGCUGCAGCUCAUCCACUGUUCAACAGAGUAUGCAGAGUUCCUGCACUGUAAAGGGAAGAAGUUUGUCGACUUUGAUGAAGUCCGUCAGGAGAUCGAAGCUGAAACGGAUCGAAUCACUGGCCAGAACAAAGGAAUCAGUCCGGUCCCCAUAAAUCUGAGGGUGUACUCCCCCAAUGUACUGAACCUUACUCUGGUGGAUCUUCCCGGGAUGACAAAGGUACCAGUUGGGGACCAGCCGGCCGACAUCGAGAACCAGAUCAAAGAGAUGCUCCUUCAGUUCGUCACCAAAGACAACUGCCUCCUUCUGUCCGUCUCUCCGGCCAACUCCGACCUCGCCAACUCGGACGCUCUGAAGAUCGCCAAGGAGGUCGACCCCCAAGGUCUCAGGACCAUCGGUGUGAUCACAAAACUGGACCUGAUGGAUGAAGGGACGGACGCCAGAGAUAUUCUGGAAAACAAACUGCUCCCACUCCGCAGAGGUUACAUCGGGGUGGUGAACCGCAGUCAGAAGGACAUCGAUGGCCGGAAAGACAUCACAGCAGCUCUGCAGGCUGAGAGGAAGUUCUUCCUGUCGCACCCAUCAUACCGACACCUGGCAGACCGCAUGGGCACUGGCUACCUGCAGAAGAUCCUCAACCAGCAACUGACCAACCACAUCCGGGACACGUUGCCGGCGUUACGCAGCAAACUGCAGAGCCAGCUGCUGUCCAUCGAGAAGGAAGUGGAAGAGUACAAGAGCUUCAGGCCAGACGACCCGGGACGCAAGACCAAGGCCCUGCUGCAGAUGGUGCAGCAGUUCGCGGUGGACUUUGAGAAGCGAAUUGAAGGAUCUGGAGACCAGGUGGAAACAUACGAGCUGUCAGGAGGAGCGAAGAUCAACCGGAUCUUCCACGAGCGCUUCCCCUUUGAGCUGGUCAAGUUGGAGAGUGAUGAGAAGACUCUUCGUAAAGAGAUAAGCUAUGCCAUCAAGAACAUCCACGGAAUCAGGACCGGUCUGUUUACUCCUGACAUGGCGUUUGAGACCAUCGUGAAGCGUCUCAUCGCUCAGAUCAAAGAGCCAUGUCAGAAAUGUGUCGACAUGGUGAUCAACGAGCUGGUGAACACCGUGAGGCAGUGUACCCAGAAGCUGGCCCAGUUUCCGAUGCUCAGAGAGGAGAUGGAGAGAAUCGUUACCCAGCACAUCAGAGACCGAGAGAGUCGCACCAAAGGCCAGGUGAUGCUGCUGAUUGACAUUGAGUUGGCCUACAUGAACACAAACCAUGAAGACUUCAUCGGCUUUGCAAAUGCUCAGCAGAAGAGCAGUCAGAUGAGCAAGAAGAAAGCAGCAGGAAACCAGGAUGAGAUCAUGGUGAUCCGUAAAGGUUGGCUGACCAUCAACAACAUCAGCAUUAUGAAGGGAGGAGCUAAGGAGUACUGGUUCGUUCUGACAGCUGAGACGCUGUCCUGGUACAAAGAUGAUGAGGAGAAGGAGAAGAAGUACAUGCUGCCUGUGGACAACCUGAAACUCAAAGACAUCGAGAAGAGCUUCAUGUCCAGCAAAUGCGUCUUUGCCCUGUUCAACAUUGAACACAGGAACGUGUACAAAGACUCUCGUCAGCUGGAGCUGGCAAGCGAGUCUCAGGAGGAGGUGGACAGCUGGAAGGCUUCUUUCCUAAGAGCUGGAGUGUACCCUGAACGCAGCGUGGAUAAAGACAAGGUUGAGGUGGAGGAGUUGAGGGGGGACGGGCAGAUCCACAGUCUGGACCCUCAGCUGGAGCGACAGGUGGAGAUCGUGAGGAACCUGGUGGACUCGUACCUGUCCAUCAUCCAGCGCACAGUCAGGGACCUCAUCCCCAAGACCAUCAUGCACCUGAUGGUUAACAACACGAAGGAAUUCAUCCACUCUGACCUGCUGGCACAGCUCUACUCCUGUGGAGACCAGAACACCCUGAUGGAGGAGUCCCAGGAACAGGCCCAGCACCGUGAUGAGAUGCUGAAGAUGUACCACGCCCUGCGUGAAGGUCUCCAGAUCAUCGGUGACAUCAGCACGUCCACCAUCACCACGACGAUGCCGCCGCCGGUGGACGAUUCGUGGCUGCAGGUGACGGGGAUGCUGUCAGGACGCAGGUCUCCCAUGUCCAGCCCGACCCCCCAGCGUCGGGCCCCUCCCGGCCCCCCUCGUCCGGGUGGUAGAGCGGCUCCCGGCCCUCCGUCUCGUCCCGGGGUUUCACCGGAUCCUGGAGCCCCCUCCAGACCCAACAGAGCGCCCCCCCCUGGAGUCCCCAGAAUCUCUAUCAGUGACCAGUGAGGAGUUCACCAAUGUCGUCCCAGUAAAGGUAGCCCCGCCCACGGAGAGAGCCCCCAGUCUUCUGUUGAGGGUUAACUGGAACCCAGUGUGUUUGUGUCUCUACGGGACUGUUCUCCUGGUCUCUACUGACACUGUGUUACUGUGAACUUUACUAGUAAUAAUUAUAAGGAUAUUGAUUAUUGGAACAUCAUGACUAUAUAGCAAAUGAUCAGCAAUAUUGAGUGUAUUUAUAUGUGGUUCAGCUGUCUGUCUGCUGUUAGAAGAGUGAGAGAAAGGUCAGCUGCAUGUCUGUCAUCACAUCAACACAAUAGUGACAGAAACAUGAGGUUUACCCAGUGGCGGCCGUGCAUUUCAGACCCUUCUGUGCCGUCUCUACUAGAGCUGAACACCCUAAUCACCUCAUCAUGACGCCACAGCUACAGGUUAUUAUUUAUUAUUAUCCACAAAACGGGGGGAAUAAAACACUGAACACUGAAAAUAACGAGGCAUUCAAAUAUUAUUAACAUCAGAAGUAACAAUAUUAAUUAACUAUAUAAUAAAAACAACACCAUAGACACAUUAACGCUACUGCAGAUGUAAAAAAAAAGAAGAAAAAAAGCGAUGCGUUUUAAGGCUGAGAAUGUCCGCUCCACAGUGGCAGUAAACACCAAGACGCUGAGUCGCUAAUAAAAGGCAUUCCCAGCAAUACAGUUUGCAACUCUUCUCCGAUGCUCAUUCAGGAAUAUCGUUCGUAGUUGGCAAACUGAAAGUGACGCAUAAAUGUUUUUUCUUGCUGGGUCAAGGCUGUAAGCUGUGGGGUCGGGCGGCCAUGUGCCAAGAUUUCGUGCUUUUCCUCAAACGUCCUCCUUGAGAAUGGCGUUGGAAGUAAAUCUGCCACCAAGUCCGGUUCUACUACUCCUCCUUCAGCCAUAGAUGAAAGAACUAAAAUACUAUAAAUUCAAUUACUUCUCGAAACAACAGUUUCAAUAACAUGAACCGUGCUAUAGUUUCCUGUUAGACGGCGAGUCACGGUAGCCGAUUGACCAAUCACAGCUCAUGUUAAUGGUCACGCGGGCCGUGUGACCAAUCACACGUUCAGGCAUCUAGAAGACUCUCUCGACUAUUUUAAACGGGCUUCUUCCAUAGGGAAGACGAGCCCGUUUAAAAUGCUUGGAAGACAAAGCCCGCAAAAUAGUUGAGAGAGCCUUCUAGAUGCCUGGACGUGUGAUUGGUCACACGGCCCGCGUGAACAUGUACAUGCGAUGUAAUUGGAUAACGAUGCUGUUAAGCAGCUACCUGUGCAUGAGGAAUACCAGAGGCCUGAAGCAGAGGAACACAUGAGACUGUCUGUGCAAUGAGAAAAUAAGCUAAUAGGGAAAAAUAAU